AUGUCCCUGUUCAGCUCCUUGCAAGAUCCGGAGAAAGUUGCCACUUUCCAGCGGCUCUGCGGCGUGCGUUUGGGGUCCGGCUCCUUUGCUCAGGCGCCGGGCCAGCCGGGCGCCGUGUUGGCCAACGGGGUCUGCCCGGCCGCCCACGCGGAUGGCGGCGGCGGCGGCGGCGGGCGACGCCGGUUCCAAGGUGCCUCUGAGGUGGACGAGAAGGGCGACGCGGGGGACUCGGACGGCACGAAGAAGAACGGGGGGUUCUCUGGAGAAUCCCAGGAAAAGCCCCAGGAGAAACCAAAGCCGGACAGCUGGGGUUGGAGAAAGCAGCCUCGUCGCAAUUCUCUGACGGAAGAGUCUGUAUGCCAGGAGUUCUCAGUCAGCAACCCCUUCCUCUAUUACAUGUUCACUCUGGGCACAGAGCUGGGCAACGAACUCUUCUAUUUCCUCUUUUUCCCUUUCUGCUUCUGGAAUGUGAAUGCUUGGCUGGGCAGGAGGCUCAUCAUCAUUUGGGUUUCGGUCAUGUACCUGGGUCAGUGUACCAAGGAUGUUAUCCGAUGGCCAAGGCCUGCUUCCCCACCGGUGGUGAAACUGGAGGUUUUCUACAACUCCGAAUACAGCAUGCCCUCUACCCAUGCCAUGUCAGGCACUGCCCUCCCGAUAGUGCUAUUUUUGUUCAGCUAUGAACUGUGGCAGUAUCCUUUUAUGUAUGGACUGAUUCUUAGCAUCUGCUGGUGUUCUCUGGUUUGUUUUAGUCGAGUAUAUAUGGGAAUGCAUUCAAUUCUGGAUGUUAUCGCUGGAGUUUUUUUUGCCCUUCUUAUCUUGGCAGUCUUUCUUCCAACUGUGGACCUAAUUGACAGCUUCAACUUAACCUGCAAGUAUGCGCCACUAAUUAUCAUCAGUCUUCACCUUGCCUUGGGGAUUUUCUCCUUCACUUUAGACAACUGGAGCACAUCACGAGGGGACACAGCCCAAAUCCUGGGUUGUGGUGCUGGAGUUGCAUGUGGCUCUCAUGUUAUGCAUAUGCUGAAUCUAACGCCAGAUGUUUCACCAGAGAUGCUUCCGCUACUGCUACCCCCACUCACAGUGACUUUCUUUGGAAAAACCAUGUUGCGGCUACUGAUUGGAGAGGUGAUUCUGUUUCUAGCAAAAGCAGGCAUGAAGAAGGUCACAAUCCCUCUAGCCUGCAAAAUCUUCUCCAUACCUUGUGAUGAUAUUCGACAAGCCCGGCAACGCAUGGAGGUUGAACUGCCUUAUCGCUAUUUUACAUAUGGAACGGUGGGAUUUUCACUGAGUUUCUUGGUUCCUGCCCUGUUUCACAUAAUGGGACUGUCCUGAUGCAGGUGUUUUCUUGGUGUGGGAAAGGAGGUGGACAAUUAACAUUUGUAUGAGAAGGUGCAUUAUUUGAAAAAUGCAGAGAUGUGCUAUAGUACUGCCUCUGCUUAAAGUAAUAUGUGACAGAUAAAGAGAGUUCAGAUCUUAGAUACUGUUGAAGACCUAGUGGUUUCAGGUCCCUGAGAAAUGCCAUGUCUAGUCUUACUGUUGUAACAAAAUGUAAACUGUGUGCGUAUAUGCAUUUAUACUGUUGAUGCCUCAGACUAUAAAUGUACCUCUCUCUUUAUUUGGACAUGUUUAAAUGGGUAUGUUUAUAACUGAUCCAAAAGUUUUGACUAUGGUCAGUUUAAGCCAUUUCAUAUUAAGUUAUUUGUUUCUUUGGGCCACAAACUGCUAUAAUUGAAAAGCUUGUUUUGCUUUUACCUCUGCACUCCCAAAUGUUUUAUGCAGGCAGGAAGCUAUUAUGAUGGACCAGAAUUCUAAUUAGAUCUGGCUUAGAAAACCUGGUAAUUUAGAUCCUUUCUCAUAUUCUAAAAUAACUUUAAUUUGUAAAUACAACCACUUACAUCUAGGUACUGUAUUUUUUGCUUGAUGAUUGUGCCUUUCUGUUGCUAAAUUAAAAAGCACCAUAUACUGUGAUGUAUAUAAAAAGCCCAUAACUAUUUAAAAUUUUUACUGAAUUUGGCAGAUAUUUUAAAAUGUAACUAGUCACAUAAGUAAUGAAAAUAAAUAUUUUAUCUUCUGUAUUAAAAGUAUGAAAAUGGAGUGAGCUGAAACACUUAUAGGUGUUCACUAGCUGUGAACCAGAUGUUUAAUUCCCGUUUAUACGUACUUAAGUGCAGUGUAUCUUGUUGGAAGAACAUAUAUUUUUCUGCUAUUUGUCUUAAUUUAUAAUAUAGGCAUGCUGUGUCCAAAAUUAAGAGAGAGUGCUAACUUACAAAUCCAGUCCAUGCACAUAUUAAUGCCAAACUAUUUUUUUCACAUUGGUUUUCUUCAAAUCCAUCUUCUUAACAAUGC